AUGGCUAGCAUGGCAUCGGGUCCCACCCACCCUUUCACCUGCAACACUUGUCAGGUCGCCUUCCGCUCCAGCGACCUGCAGCGUACUCACAUGCAAAGCGACUGGCACCGCUACAAUCUCAAGAGACGAGUUGCAUCGCUUCCCCCGCUCACUUCUGAAGUCUUUGCCGAAAAAGUCCUCGCCAACAAGGCUUCAGCCGCUGCCACUGCCGCUCGUGCUUCCUUCGAAAGGGUCUGCUCCGCUUGCCAAAAGACCUACUUCAGCGAAAACGCCUAUGCGAACCAUCUCGGAAGUCAAAAACACAGACAGCAGCUUGCUCGUCUGCACAUGAGAGAUGUCGACGAUGCCAGCUCCGUCAUGAGCUCGACUUUCUCCCUGGGCGAACCUCUCGAAACUGCUUCCAACGUCGAGACCGCCUCGGUUGCUUCCGUUGCUACCGACCGCCCCGCAGACCGUGACGACCUUAGCCACACUGCUGAGACUGAUCAGCAGUCCAACAUCGCCGACGAUGAUAACGAAUCGAGAGCUCCUUCCAACGCCACUGAUGCCGACGACGACAUGGUUGAAGUUCUGCUCAACCAAUGCCUAUUCUGCAACACCAUCUGCGUAGACGUCGAGGAGAACAUCAAGCACAUGGCCAAGCAACACGGCAUGUUCAUCCCUGAAAGAGAGUUCCUGGUUGAUCAAGAGGGCCUUUUGAGCUACCUCCACGAGAAGAUCCACGACGACCACCAGUGCUUGUAUUGUGGUCAGCUUAAGCACACCGCUUCCGGCAUUCAGACACACAUGCGCGACAGAGGCCACUGCAUGAUCCCAUACAGCACUGAAGACGAGAUGCUCGAGAUUGGAGAGUUCUACGAUUUCAGAAGCACCUACUCAGACGAGGAGGACGACGAGAGCACGGACGGCGCAGACGACCAACAGGAGGGAGGUGUCAAGCUCGGCGCCGCUCGUGCCACCAAGGUCACCAUCGAGACCGAAGAUGGCGACGGAGACGCAGAGAUGGCCGACGAGGACGACGAAGGUUGGGAGAGUGACGGCUCCUUGUCAUCGGUGCCGACCGACGAGAUCACUUCGGUGCCCAUCGACGACCAUUCGCACCGCUACAAGACCCUCGAUCGCCACAGACACCACUCCCACAAGGAUCCUCGCCCUCACAAAAACACAGACGGAUUCCACUCACACGCCCACUCCACUCCUCACGCUGUCUACCACGACGAAUACGAAUUACAUCUGCCUACCGGUCGUACAGCAGGACACCGUUCGCUUGCCAAAUACUACCGUCAAAACCUCCGCAACUAUCCUACCCCCGAGGAGAGAGCGGACCAGAGAGCCAUCGAAGGUCGUCACGACUCCGACGACGAAGAGGAGGCCAGAGAGCGCAGAAACAACCGUGGCCGUCAAGUCGUCACCCGUGCAGAGGGUGGUCUUGGCAUGGUUGGUGUCAGUGAGGUCAAGAAGAAGGAGGUGCUUGCCGAAGAGAAGAGAGAGAAGAAGCGCGAACAAAGGGCGCGUGCCAACUACCAAUGGGGUAACGACAAGAGAGGAAACAACCAAAAGCAUUGGCGCGACCAUCUCUUGCAAUAG